CCAUGUAACCGAAAGUAAAACUGCGAAAGCUGCACGAAUGUUUCGGGGAAGCCCGACAGAGCUUUAAUACGCCAAACAGGCAAAGUUAAACAGAGAGUUAUCGUUUUAACAUAAACAGCAACGAUGCCUGAGAUUUCGACCAUAUAUAAGAUAUCGAUCAUCGCAUUUACAUUGUUUUUUGGUGCUUCCGGUUCUGGAUGUCCGGUUCUGGAGUGCUGGUUUGUUCAGGAGAAACCGGGUCAUGGAGGGGGUUUCUCAGUACCAAUGAGUCAAGAGAAAUCUCUAAUGUUCAUCAGCACUGAAGCCUUCAGUGAAGAGAGCUUCUCUCGACUUCAUCCUCCUGCAGACAUCAGCCCAUCCAGGAUUUACUAUGUGACUGAUCCAGCUGGCACUUUCUGCAGCGCCGCUCUGAAUCCACCCAAAGGCUCUGUGAACAAACCCAAGUGUGAGAUUAACCCGUUCAUGCCUCACGCCUCCAUGGUUAGAUGGGCGUCUGCUCUCACUGACUCCGCCCAGAGUCCCGUCUACCUGCAAGCUGAUUGGUUCUCAGUGGCAGCACAAGGGCUUGACGAGCAGCUGACGCUGUCCAAUAUCAUGAGAGCGCCUUCAGCUUCUAAAGAGCCACAAGUCAUCCUCAGUGUCUCCAGUAAAACUCCUGUGGUCCGCUCUAGAUUGGGAGAAGCGGUUCUGUUAGACUGCGGGUUCUGGGUUGAUGCGUCUUCUUCAGUUCACGGCUCUGGAUUCUCUGUCGAGUGGCGCUAUCAGUUCCGGGGUGAAGGACGGCUGGUCCUCGCUUACGACGGCAAGAACGAUCGGUUUGCAGAGACAUCAGAGACCGGAGCCGAUAUCGACAUCACAGGCCUCUAUGAAACCGGAAACGCAUCUCUGGUUCUGGAAGAAUCUCAAGUGAGACACUCAGGAACCUACAUCUGCACAGUGUAUCUUCCUCACCUGCUGGCUCAGGUAGCCGUGGACCUGGAGAUAGUUGAGCCUCCGUCUCUCUCCAUCUACCCGUCUCCUCUUCCUCUGCUGGUUCCUGGGCAGGUGCUGGUGGUUCAGUGUGAGGCGUCUGGUUUUGCUCCUCACACUCUGGAUCUGAGCUGGGAGUUCAGCGGGGCAGACGGGACGUCCCGCUCUCUGGGUCAGGGCAGUGUAACGGGUCACAGACAGGCGACUGAUGGCACCUUCAGUCAGAGCAGCCGUCUGGAGCUGGACUCAGGGAAGCUGGGACUCGGUCGCGGUGGAGAAGUCACCUGUGUGGCCAAACAUGAGGGAGGAACACGACGAGCUGCUGCGACUCUCAAUGUGAUCGGUGUCAGUGCUCCUUCUAUUGAGGACUCGAUGGCGAUGGUCGCUGUUGCACUUGUUCUUUAUGGCCUGAUAAAGUUUCUUUCAUGGACAUUCUGCUCUUCUGACUCCAGUGAGACUGAAUUAAAGGAUAAGAAGGAGAAGUAAACCUGGACCUGGAGGUGAUUUUAAAGGCUGAAUAGAAUGCAGUGAAACUAGUCUUGUAAAGAAUCCUUUCAGAAUAGUUGUAUGUACUGAGUUUCAAUCUUUGCUUAAGAUUUUUAGAUUGCUAUAUGUGUUCGGGUUGGUUACUCUGUGUAAGUUUUCUU